ACGAAACCAUACGGCGUCGUUUCGUCAGCGCGAGCCGCAGACAAUAAUCCUCUCCCUCCCUACCUCUUCCAACUGCAUACCGUCUCUCCCAAUUUCCUGUCAAAGGCGGAGGCUACCUUUAGCUGAUCACUGACGCGGCGGCCAUGGCGAUGCAAGCUGGCAUGGGCUUGUCUAAGAUAGUCUUCUUACUGGGAGCAGGGUACACUACUACCGUGCUUAUGCAGAACGGUAAAUUGUCAGAUAUGCUGGGCGAACUUCAGAAUUUGGUGAAAAAUUAUGAAAAAUCUGUGGAAGAUGGUGGAGAAACUGAUGCCAUACUUGCUGCGCAGGUUCGACGGUUAGCUAUGGAGGUUCGAUCACUGGCCUCUGCACGACCAAUCACUGUUCUCAAUGGGGGUUCUAAUGGUAACAUAACAAAUCUGGUGGUUCCAGCUGCUGCUGUAGGGGCCCUGGGCUAUGGAUACAUGUGGUGGAAGGGUAUCUCAUUCUCUGACCUUAUGUAUGUAACAAAGCGUAGUAUGGCAACUGCUGUUGAAAACUUAACAAAGCAUCUGGAGCAUGUUUCUGAUGCCUUAGCUGCAACAAAGAGGCAUUUGACGCAGAGAAUUGAGAAUGUAGACGGGAAACUGGAUGACCAAAUUGAGAUAUCAAAACAAAUUCGGACUGAGGUUAACGAUGUUCGGGGUGAUCUUUCUCAAAUUGGUUUUGAUUUGGAUUCACUACAGAGGAUGGUGACUGGCCUGGAUGGCAAGCUUCUUUCCUUGGAAGAAAAGCAGGAGCUUGCAAAUGCUGGUGUCAUGUAUCUCUGUGGUAUUGUCAAUGGUCAAAGAGUAAAAAUGCCUGAAAAAGUCCAGGAACAGCUCCGUAUUGGUGGUAACUCAGUGGGUUCCCUCAUGGGUCUCAAAGAGAUCGUGGACACCUGCGGGCAAGGAGAUACGGAUAGGCUCAUAACAGAUGGCAGUGCACUGGAUAAGUCUAUUGUUCCACCAAGAAGCUUGAUGAGGACGGCAUCAACAAAGUGCUGAUUGAAAUUCCAUUAUUUGAAGUAUUAUUAAGUGGCUUUUGUUUUCAAUGUAACCCAUGGGAGGUAUACUGUAUACAUACGUGCUUAUUAGUAGUCUUUUGAAUUGUCUGUUCUUGUCAAUAAGUGUUGUAUUUGACUCCCAUCUAUAUGCUCUCGAUGGAAAUGUACCCUCUUCAAGCUUAGUAAUGAUAGUAUACACGUUUGAAUAUUUUAUUGUCUUUAUGGUGUAAUAUAUGUUUCUGUCGAUAAAAGCUCAACUUACCUGCCAA